AUGGACGCGGGAUUCUUCCGCGGGACAAGUGCAGAACAGGAUAAUCGGUUCAGCAACAAACAGAAGAAGCUACUGAAGCAGCUGAAAUUCGCAGAAUGCCUAGAAAAAAAGGUGGACAUGAGCAAAGUAAAUUUGGAGGUUAUAAAGCCUUGGAUAACAAAACGAGUAACAGAAAUCCUUGGGUUUGAAGAUGAUGUUGUGAUUGAGUUUAUAUUCAACCAGCUGGAAGUGAAGAAUCCAGAUUCGAAAAUGAUGCAAAUCAACCUGACCGGGUUUUUGAAUGGAAAAAAUGCUAGAGAAUUUAUGGGAGAGCUGUGGCCCCUACUCUUAAGCGCACAAGAAAACAUCGCUGGAAUCCCUUCUGCUUUCCUAGAACUGAAGAAGGAAGAAAUAAAACAGAGACAGAUUGAACAAGAAAAGUUGGCAUCUAUGAAAAAGCAAGAUGAAGACAAGGAUAAGAGGGAUAAAGAAGAAAAAGAAAGCAGCAGAGAAAAAAGGGAGCGGUCUCGAAGCCCAAGAAGGCGCAAAUCCAGAUCUCCUUCCCCUAGAAGACGAUCUUCCCCUGUCAGGAGAGAGAGAAAGCGCAGUCAUUCUCGAUCUCCCCGUCACAGAACCAAAAGCCGGAGUCCUUCCCCUGCUCCAGAGAAGAAGGAAAAAACUCCAGAGCUCCCAGAGCCAUCAGUGAAAGUAAAAGAACCUUCAGUACAAGAGGCCACUUCUACUAGUGACAUCCUGAAAGUUCCCAAGACUGAACCAGUACUAGAACCUAAAGAACCUUCUCCAGAGAAAAACUCCAAAAAGGAAAAGGAAAAGGAGAAGACCCGACCAAGAUCUCGGACACGUUCCAAGUCAAGAUCCCGGACACGUUCUCGCUCUCCUUCUCAUACUAGACCAAGGCGGCGCCAUAGAUCUCGAUCAAGAUCAUACUCGCCUAGGAGGCGGCCAAGCCCAAGAAGACGACCCUCUCCUCGAAGAAGAACCCCACCAAGACGAAUGCCUCCUCCCCCAAGGCAUAGAAGGAGUAGAUCUCCAGUGAGACGAAGAAGGCGUUCAUCGGCAUCCUUGUCUGGGAGUAGUUCAUCAUCAUCUUCGUCUCGUUCCCGGUCACCGCCAAAGAAGCCUCCGAAGAGGACAUCCAGCCCUCCUCGAAAAACUCGUAGGUUAUCUCCUUCAGCAAGUCCUCCGAGGCGAAGGCACAGGCCAUCACCUCCAGCUACUCCACCACCAAAAACUCGUCAUUCCCCAACACCCCAGCAGUCAAACCGUACAAGGAAAAGUCGUGUUUCUGUCUCUCCAGGGAGAACUUCAGUGACAAAACAUAAAGGUACUGAGAAAAGAGAAUCCCCUUCACCAGCACCGAAGCCUCGGAAAGUAGAGUUGUCUGAAUCGGAAGAAGAUAAAGGUGGCAAAAUGGCUGCAGCAGAUUCUGUGCAGCAGAGACGCCAAUAUAGACGACAGAACCAGCAGUCUUCAUCUGAUUCUGGCUCCUCCUCUUCCUCAGAAGAUGAACGACCCAAAAGGUCCCAUGUGAAGAAUGGUGAGGUAGGCAGGCGACGGAGACAUUCCCCUUCCCGGAGUGCCUCUCCAUCACCUCGAAAGCGCCAGAAAGAGGCUUCCCCUCGGAUGCAGAUGGGAAAGCGAUGGCAAUCGCCAAUGACUAAAAGUGGUAGACGGAGGAGAAGUCCCUCCCCACCGCCCGCCAGAAGGCGACGUUCUCCUUCUCCUGCUCCUCCGCCUCGUCGACGCAGGUCUCCCACACCACCACCACGGCGGAGGACUCCGUCUCCUCCUCCACGUCGUCGCUCACCUUCCCCAAGAAGAUACUCUCCUCCAAUACAGAGGAGAUACUCUCCUUCUCCACCUCCGAAGAGAAGAACGGCUUCACCCCCUCCCCCUCCUAAACGAAGGGCAUCACCAUCUCCACCACCAAAGCGUCGGGUCUCCCAUUCACCACCUCCCAAACAAAGAAGCUCCCCAGUCACCAAGAGACGUUCGCCUUCACUGUCAUCAAAGCAUAGGAAAGGGUCUUCCCCGAGCCGAUCUGCCCGGGAGGCCCGGUCACCACAGCCAAACAAACGGCAUUCGCCCUCACCACGGCCUCGCGCUCCUCAGACCUCAAGUCCUCCACCUGUUCGAAGAGGAGCAUCAUCGUCACCCCAAAGAAGGCAGUCCCCAUCUCCAAGUUCUAGGCCCAUUAGGAGAGUCUCCAGGACUCCGGAACCCAAAAAGAUAAAAAAAGCUGCCUCACCAAGCCCUCAGUCGGUAAGGAGGGUCUCAUCUUCCCGAUCUGUCUCGGGAUCUCCUGAGCCAGCAGCUAAAAAGCCCCCAGCACCUCCGUCACCUGUCCAGUCUCAGUCACCCUCCACCAACUGGUCACCAGCGGUACCGGUUAAAAAGGCUAAAAGCCCAACACCAAGCCCAUCACCGGCAAGGAAUUCAGACCCAGAAGGAGGUGGAAAGAAAAAGAAGAAAAAGAAGGACAAGAAACACAAAAAGGAUAAGAAGCACAAGAAGCACAAAAAACACAAGAAGGAGAAGGCCGUAGCUGCCGCGGCUGCAGCUGCCGUAACCCCUGCAGCUGUGGCUGCCCCCACAACCACCUCAGCACAGGAGGAGCCAGAGCCAGAGCCAGAGCCUAAGAAGGAGACUGAAAGUGAGGCUGAAGAUAACCUUGAUGACUUAGAAAAGCACCUGCGUGAAAAGGCCCUGAGAUCAAUGCGGAAGGCUCAAGUGUCCCCACAGUCCUAG